AAUGACAUCUCGUUCUUCGUUUCCUGUUAUAAUAGAUACUGAUCCUGGUAUUGAUGAUGCUCUUGCUUUAUAUCUGGCGCUGAGUUCAUAUCAAUUAGAUAUCAAAUUAAUUACUCUUGUAUUCGGAAAUACGAAGAUUAAUCAUGUAACAAGAAACAUUAUAACAUUAUUUGAUGUUAUUGAUAAAGAGAUUGAAUAUUUAAAAAGUGCACCACCGCCUAAUCAAAUUGAUCCGCAACAAUGGGAUAAAGAGAGAAAAAUACUAUUGAAUAGAUUUGAAUGGUCAAAACCUAUCGUUGCAAUAGGAGCGGAUAAACCUGUGAAAGCCGUAGAAUGUUUUGGGACCUAUUUUCAUGGAUCAGACGGAUUUGGACAAAUUCAUACAACGCAUCCACAUUAUGCGCCAGAAAAUUGGGAAAAUUUAAAAUCAGAUAGAUACGCGAUGUCAUCUCGAAAUGCGGUAGAUGAAAUUUUAUAUCAAUUACAAAAUAAUCCACCAUUCACUAUUACAAUUAUCGGAUUGGGUCCUUUAACAAAUCUUGCUUUAGCUUAUGAAAAAGAUAAAUAUACAUUUUCUCGUGUAAAGCAAAUAAUUUGUUUAGGGGGUGCUAUCAAUUCUUGUGGUAAUGUUACACCUUGCGCUGAAUUUAAUUUUUUUGUGGAUCCUGAUGCGGCAAAUAUUUUGGCUGAAGCUACUAAAGGUUUCUCUCCAUCGGAAACUAUUCAAAAUAAAAUUGAAAGAUUAAAUCGUAAAGAAAUUUUGCCGUUACAUUUCACUGUGUUGCCAAUAAAUGUAUCGUCUAAUGUUUUCUUAUCACGUGCAGUUUUUACAAAAUAUAUUACGUCUUUAAAUACACCUCUAAGCAUUUUUAUUUCUGUUUUUAUUGAUCACGCGUUUAAGAAAAUGCAAGAAUUAUGUGGAACCAAUGGUCUGGAGUUACAUGAUCCAGCUGCAAUAGCAUUAGCGAUUGAUAUGUUAUCAAAAAAUACUCAAUCGUUUACAUCAGAAUUUGUUGACAUGAAAGUUGAAUAUCAAGGAAUUUAUACGAGAGGUAUGGCUAUAGUUGAUACAAGACCUAAAGGUUUUUCAAGUACAAAAUCGGCACAAGAAACUCUUAAAAUAUGGGAUGAUGUUAAUAAUGUUGAAAUUAUAAAUUCUUAUAAUAGUAAAUCAUUUAUUGAUAAUUUUUUUAAAAUCACUUUUAAUGUUGAUUAUUCUGAAGAGAAUAUAUAGAAUGGAAAAAAUAAGAUUGUAUUAUUAUAAAAAUAAAUUAAUAAAUAUGCCAAGUUUACUUUUU